GAGUCACCAUGUCUGGCUUUGACGACCCUGGCAUCUUCUACAGCGACAGCUUUGGUGGAGAGCCUGCAGCGGAUGAAGGGCACAUCCGAAAGUCCCAGCUGCAGAAACGUUUCAAAGAGUUCCUAAGACAGUUCCGAGUGGGAACGGACCGGACUGGCUUCACCUUCAAAUACAGAGAUGAGCUCAAACGGCAUUACAACCUGAGUGAGUACUGGAUUGAGGUGGAGAUGGAGGACCUGGCAAGUUUCGAUGAAGACCUGGCCGACCACUUGUAUAAGCAGCCGGCAGAAAACCUGCAGCUGCUAGAAGAAGCGGCAAAAGAGAUCGCUGAUGAAGUUACACGUCCGCGACCAGAAGGAGACGAGACGCUUCAGGACAUCCAAGUCAUGUUGAAAUCGGAUGCCCAUCCAUCCAACAUCCGUAGCCUCAAGUCUGAACAGAUGUCGCACCUGGUGAAGAUCCCUGGGAUCAUUAUUGCGGCAACACCCGUGAAGGCCAAAGCAACUAGGAUUACCAUCCAGUGCCGCACCUGCCGCAACACCAUCCCUAACAUCGCCCUGCGCCCCGGGCUGGAGGGAUACGCCCUUCCGCGGAAGUGCAGCACGGAGCAGCCUGCCCUAACCAAGUGCCCCUUGGACCCGUACUUCAUCGUUCCUGACAAAUGCAAGUGUGUGGACUUCCAGACACUGAAACUCCAGGAGUCACCAGACGCUGUCCCUCAUGGGGAGAUGCCCCGGCACAUGCAGCUCUACUGUGAUAGGUAUUUAUGUGAUAAGGUCGUACCCGGGAACAGGGUCACCAUCAUGGGCAUCUACUCCAUCAGGAAAGCUAGCCUGUCGAAGAACAAAGGCCGGGACAAUGUUGGAGUGGGCAUCCGAAGCUCCUACAUCCGUGUGGUGGGCAUCCAAGUAGACACCGAAGGCACAGGCCGCAGCGCCACUGGCUCCGUGACGCCGCAGGAAGAAGAGGAAUUGCGGGGUCUUGCUUCCAUGCCCAACAUUUAUGAGAUGAUCUCCAAGAGCAUCGCUCCAUCUAUUUAUGGCAGUAGCGAUAUCAAGAAAGCGAUUGCGUGCAUGCUCUUUGGAGGCUCCCGAAAGAGACUUCCCGAUGGAUUGACCCGCCGAGGAGACAUUAACCUGCUCAUGCUGGGAGAUCCUGGCACAGCUAAGUCUCAGCUCCUGAAGUUUGUGGAAAGAUGCUCACCCAUCGGAGUGUACACCUCUGGGAAAGGCAGCAGCGCAGCUGGUCUGACAGCCUCCGUGAUCAGAGACCCGUCUUCACGCAGCUUCUUCAUGGAAGGCGGAGCUAUGGUCUUGGCCGACGGGGGUGUGGUUUGCAUUGAUGAGUUUGACAAGAUGCGAGAGGAUGAUAGAGUAGCUAUCCAUGAAGCAAUGGAGCAGCAGACCAUCUCCAUAGCCAAGGCUGGCAUCACAACCACCCUAAACUCUCGCUGCUCCGUGUUGGCAGCUGCCAACUCUGUCUUCGGACGCUGGGAUGAAACAAAAGGGGAUGAGAACAUCGACUUCAUGCCAACAAUCCUGUCCCGCUUUGACAUGAUCUUCAUUGUCAAGGAUGAGCACAACGAGGAGAGAGACAUGACUCUGGCUAAGCAUGUGAUGUCACUGCACGUGAAUGCCUUGACCCAGACCCAAGCUGUGGAGGGAGAGAUUGAGUUGAACAAGCUGAAGAAGCUGAUUGCCUACUGCCGAGCGAAAUGUGGUCCCCGUCUUUCUGCUGAGGCUGCAGAGAAGCUAAAGAACCGCUACAUCUUGAUGCGCAGCGGUGCCCGCCAGCACGAAAGGGAAAGUGACCAUCGGUCCAACAUUCCUAUAACCGUCAGGCAGCUGGAGGCCAUUGUGCGAAUUGCGGAGUCCCUCAGCAAGAUGAAACUUAAGCCUUUUGCCACGGAAGCAGAUGUGGAGGAGGCCUUGCGUCUUUUCCAGGUGUCGACGCUGGAUGCUGCCAUGUCAGGCAACCUUUCAGGAGUGGAAGGCUUCACUACCCAAGAGGACCAGGAGAUGCUGUCCCGCAUUGAGAAACAGCUCAAGCGCCGCUUUGCCAUUGGCUCCCAGGUGUCUGAGCACAGCAUCAUCCAGGAUUUUGUCAAACAGAAAUACCCCGAGCAUGCCGUCUACAAGGUGCUGCAGCUCAUGAUGCGCCGUGGCGAGAUCCAGCACCGCAUGCAACGCAAGGUCCUUUUCCGCAUCAAGUGAGACUCUGGCUUCUCCUGUGACUCUGGAAGUGCCAUUCC